AGUUGUCAUGUGUCCAGCUGUUUUGUGGUGACUUUCACUGUGAAUAGUCUGUGAAGAAAAUUUCUGUAAAAUUAGUGAAAAUAGGGCAGUGAGAAUGACGAGACUGAAGGGUGAAAAUGCCCAUUCGUUGGACGAUCUUGUGAAGUACGUGACUCUGCAUAUACCCAAUCCCCUGCUCUUCAAUGGAGCUAUCUUUCCCUUCCUCAUCCUCUACUGCUUCUGGUUCUACUUUUCCGUCUGUGUUUACGGAAUUGUGGAGCACUACGAAGCCGGUCUUCUCUCCUUGGCCAUCAUCGGAUGCAUCCAGACACUCUGCUGCCUGUGCUGCUUCUGGAGCGUCCACAUAAACUCCGCAUUGAAUUUCAGGAAGACAAAAUUACCGGGACCCGGAGUUUAUGCCAAGGUUGUUCCGACACCAAAUAAUGGAUCAUCGGAGUUGACAUUAAUUCAAAGUACAAAACUUUCGGUAGAUCGACCACCUGAGUACUGGUUUAUGUUCCAAAAGAUAAAGUACGUAUGGGAUGAAGAUAAGGCUCAAUUUAAGGGCAUAGACUUUCCCAUUCAUAAGACUUAUCGGCAGUACAUAGAGGCAAAGGGUCAUGAAGAUGAGAACGAAGUAAGCCUGGCUGAAAAGACUUACGGAAAGAACAUGAUGGAAAUGGUGGUUCCUGAAUUCUAUCAACUCUUUAUUGAGCGUGCAACGGCACCUUUCUUCGUAUUCCAAAUAUUUUCUGUUGGUUUGUGGUGUUUAGAUGAAUACUGGUACUACUCCCUCUUCACCCUUUGCAUGUUGGUAAUCUUUGAGUGUACUCUGGUACAGCAACAAUUGCGAAAUAUGGCUGAGAUUCGAAAGAUGGGCAAUAAGCCGCAUCUCAUAAAUGUAUUUCGAAAUCGCAAAUGGCGUCAAUUGAUGUCUGAUCAACUCGUUCCGGGAGAUUUGGUCUCCAUAGCACGUUCUCAGAAUGAUCAUCUAGUUCCCUGUGAUGUUGUACUCCUAAGAGGAUCUUGCAUAGUCGAUGAGAGUAUGCUCACGGGAGAAUCUGUGCCGCAAAUGAAAGAAAGUUUGGAGAACUGUGAUGAUCUAUCCCGGGAACUAGAUCCAGAGGGUGAUGGAAAACUUUUUGUUCUCUUUGGAGGCACCAAAGUGGUGCAGCACACAUCACCAACAAAAGGAGCCAUGAGAGCGCCAGAUAGUGGUUGCAUUGGGUACGUCCUGCGAAAUGGCUUCAAUACGAGCCAAGGAAAACUCCUCCGGACAAUUUUGUUUGGUGUUAAAAGGGUCACUGAGAAUAAUCUUGAGACCUUUGCAUUUAUCCUGUUCCUCUUGGUAUUUGCCAUCGCAGCAGCUCUCUAUGUGUGGAUCAAGGGAACGGAGGAUUUGGAGAGGAAUCGGUAUAAGCUCUUCCUUGAGUGUACACUCAUCCUGACUUCAAUUAUUCCGCCUGAUUUGCCAAUUGAACUGUCCCUGGCGGUUAAUACGUCUCUCCUGCAGCUUUCGAAGCUGUUUGUGUUUUGUACAGAACCCUUCCGGAUUCCCUUUGCUGGAAAAGUUCAGAUUUGCUGUUUUGAUAAAACUGGCACUCUCACGAGUGACAAUUUGAUGGUUGAGGGCAUUGCUGGGCUCAAUGAUGACAAGACUAUUACGGGAAUUGGGGAAAUUCCUGAGACGACCGUUCAGGUUCUGGCCACGUGUCAUUCUCUGGCACAAUUGGAUGAUGGAUUGGUUGGAGAUCCAUUAGAGAAGGCUACCCUUACGGCAGUGGAUUGGAAUCUCACAAAGCAGGAUAGUGUUGUUCCCAAGAAGGGUAAAUUUAAGCCCUUGAAGAUUUACCAGAGAUUCCAUUUUUCUUCGAGCCUGAAGAGAAUGUCAGUUUUGGCUGGGUAUACAAUUCCCUGGUCCAAUGAUGUUUGCUACAUUGGAGCUGUCAAGGGAGCUCCGGAAACUCUAGUAAAAAUGAUUAAGGAUGUGCCUGCUCACUAUGAAGAAACCUACUUGGAGUAUUCCAGGAGGGGAGCUAGAGUCCUGGCACUGGGCAUAAAGGAGUUCGGAAAGUUGGAAAAUGCCCAAAUGAGGGAAAUUAAACGGGAAGAUGUGGAGAAAGAUUUGACAUUUGUCGGAUUUGUUGUGAUUUCCUGUCCUCUGAAGCCGGAUUCAAAAAAUAUUAUCAAAGAAAUCAUUCAGGCUUCGCACAAAGUUGUCAUGAUCACGGGAGAUAAUCCCCUGACAGCGUGCCAUGUGGCAAAGGAGCUCAAAUUCACACGACGUCCUGUUCUGAUUCUCAGUCAGAAGUCUGACUGGACCUGGCAGUCUGUCAGUGGUGACAUCAAUCUCCCGGUGGAUCAGAAAGUUCCGUCCUUUGUCAAGGAUUACGAUCUCUGUAUUACCGGCGAAGGUUUGAUGUAUCUGUCAGAAGAGAAGAAUGCCUUUCUUCGGAAAAUCCUUCCCUUUGUCUCAGUCUAUGCGAGAUUCUCGCCAAAACAGAAGGAAUUUGUCAUUACGACCCUCAAGAAUCUCGGCUAUUGCACUUUAAUGUGCGGCGAUGGGACAAAUGACGUUGGUGCUCUGAAGCAUGCCAAUGUGGGCGUGUCUAUUCUCAGCAAUGCCCCUCUCAAGGCACCGUCGGAGGCCAAGAAGGAGCGUCAGGAGGGAGAAAAUGCUCCAAGGGUAGCUGCUCCGGCUGUCCGGGAACGACCUAAUCUCAGUGCCAGAGAACGGGCUCUGCUUCGGCACAGAGAUCAAAUCAUGUCGACCCAGGAACGACUGCAAAAAGAACUAAAAGAGCUCGAGGAAGUGCAGGUGGUCAAGCUGGGAGAUGCCAGUAUUGCAGCUCCUUUCACCAGCAAAUUGUCUUCGAUCAUGUGUGUGUGCCACAUCAUAAAACAAGGGAGAUGUACCCUUGUAACAACGCUCCAAAUGUUCAAGAUUCUUGCACUAAAUGCCCUCAUUUCGGCAUAUUCCCAAUCCGUUCUCUAUGUGGACGGAAUUAAACUUAGUGACACUCAAGCGACGUUGCAGGGUCUCCUGCUGGCCGCUUGUUUUCUCUUCAUAACGCGAUCGAAGCCCCUGAAGGUGCUGUCGAAACAGAUGCCCCUGCCCAAUAUCUUCAACAUGUACACUCUCAGCACAAUUCUGCUGCAGUUCUCUGUGCACUUUGUGGCUCUGAUCUACCUUGUGCAGGAAGCCACGGCCAGGAGUCCACCGCGUGAGGGAAAGAUUGUGCUGAAUGUGGAUUUGGAACCGGGAGAGAAGCCACCAUUCUCACCAACUCUUAUUAAUAGUACAGUGUACAUGAUAUCAAUGGCGCUCCAAGUAUCCACAUUUGCUGUCAACUACAAGGGACAUCCAUUCAUGGAGAGUUUGAGAGAGAAUCGUCUUUUGCUGUACUCUAUCUUGAUCUCUAGUUCAAUUGUGAUCUGUCUUGCGCUCAAUAUUUCCCCGGAUUUAACUUCAACUUUUGAAAUUGUCGAAUUUCCCGACGACUUCCGGAAGAUUUUGGUAUUUGUCUUGAUUGCCGAUGCCUGUUUGGCAUUCCUGGCUGAUAGACUCUGUUCAUUCCUGUUCGGUGAGAUGAGACAGAAAUUUCAUCUAAUUAACUACUGAAUGGCUAACUCCUGGAGGAGAAAAUUAAGAUAUUUGCUAGAUUAAGAAGGUUUGAGUGAACGUAUGUGUGAAUAUCAGUUGAAUGAAGUAUAAUGUGCGAAGAGGUAAAUAAAUUUAAAACAACUUUUAAUUUAAUAACAAGAGUGUAGGUAGAAAUAAAUUUUAAUGAAAACCAAAACAUGUUUCGUGCAUGUUCUAUUUGUUGAAAUUCCGUGUAGAAGAGUUCAAUUUAUUCAAGAUUUAGAUUGGCAGUUUUUGUUUCUGAAAUUCUUUCAAUAUUAACUUUGACAGUGAAGAACAAUGAAUCUUUAGUGGAAUGCCUCUUAAGUGGACCAACUGAUUCAGUUGAUUACACAAUUUUCUGAUAAUAUUUCAAGUCUGAAUUUUAGAAAAUACACAUUUCUAAUGCACUUAAUGUUUAUCAUAAUGAAAUUGUCAAUCUUAAUUUACAGUGCCGAAAAAGAAUUUUGAGGUGAAAAUAAAUGAAUUUACAAUUAUAAAA